ACACUGGAUUCUCACAGCCAAAGUAAAUGGUUCAUGGUUAAGGUUGGAUCUGCAGAAUGGGUUCUACAAGUGCUGCAUCCUUUCGAAUUUCUUGUACUGUUCUGUUUGUCCUCAUGACGGCAGUGACUGUGGCCAUCAUUGCAGUUUUCUUCAUUUCAGACAAAUCAGAAGCUGGUUCAAAAUCAGCUGAAGAGCCCUCAAUGUAUUACCAGAUUGGUGCUGGGCGUGCUGAUUGCACCGGGCCAAUAGCAAACCUACCUUUGAUGGGAUAUGCCAAUCCAGACCAGACUGCUGCAGGACUCCAUACCCGGCUCUUCAGUCGAGCUUUUAUUGUAGCAGACCCCAGCACUUCAAAGAGAGUAGUGUUUGUCAGUGCUGACAUUGCAAUGGUAUCUCAAAAGCUCAGACUAGAGGUUUUGAAAAGACUGAAGACCAAAUACGGGAAUCUUUACAGACAAGACAAUGUCGUUUUGAGUGGUACUCAUACCCAUUCUGGGCCUGCAGGGUAUUUUCAGUAUACUCUCUGUCUCAUCACAAGCAAAGGCUACAUCAAACCAUCCAUCAAAGCCCUCAUUAAUGGCAUAAUAAAGAGCAUUGAUAUCGCACACAAGAAUAUGAAACAAGGAAAAAUAUUUGUGAACAAGGGUGAAGUAGAAGGCAGCAACAUAAACAGGAGCCCAUAUUCUUACUUACAAAACCCAAAAGAAGAACGAGCCAGGUACAAAUCAAAUACAGACAAAGAAUUAGUCCUUCUCAAAAUGGUGGAUCUGGAUGGGCAAGGCAUUGGAGUUCUCAGCUGGUUUGCUGUCCACCCAGUCAGCAUGAACAACACCAACCAUCUGGUUAGCAGUGACAACAUGGGAUAUGCUUCAUACCUCUUCGAGCAGGAAAAGAAUGUAGGCUGUUUGCCUGGGGAGGGACCUUUCGUGGCAGCAUUUGCUUCUUCAAAUCUGGGGGAUGUCUCUUCAAAUACUCGGGGCCCUCACUGUGUCAACACUGGUGAAACAUGUGAUAAUCCCGACAGCACCUGCCCCAUCGGAGGAUCUUCAAUGUGCAUGUCGUCAGGCCCGGGAAGGGAUAUGUUUGAGAGCACCGCAAUCAUUGGACUCAGCAUCUACAAUAAGGCAAAGGAGUUAUUCAGAACAGCCACCAGAGAAAUCAAAGGUCCUAUCAACUUUGCACAUCAAUGGGUCAACAUGACGGAUGUCACAGUCCAAUUCAAUUCAACACACAAAGGCCACACUUGUAAACCUGCCCUUGGAUAUAGCUUUGCAGCUGGUACAACUGAUGGAGUGGGAGCCUUUAAUUUUACACAGGGAACUGUUGAAGGAGAUCCAUUUUGGGAUUCCAUCCGGGACAUGUUGCUGGGAAAACCCUCCAAUGAAACCCAGGAUUGCCACCAUCCCAAACCAAUACUUUUCAACACAGGCGAAAUGACAAAACCACUUCCUUGGCAUCCGGAUAUUGUGGAUGUGCAAAUUCUCACCAUUGGCACGUUGGCGAUUGUAGCUGUUCCUGGAGAGUUCACGACUAUGUCAGGAAGAAGGCUGAGAGAAAAUGUGAAGCGUGAACUUGAAUCCACUGGGACUUUGAAAGAUGUGGAUGUUGUUGUUGCUGGACUAUGUAAUGUUUACACACAUUAUAUCACGACAUAUGAAGAAUACCAGGUUCAACGCUAUGAGGCUGCAUCAACAAUAUAUGGUCCUCAUACUCUCUCAGCUUACAUACAAAUGUUUAAAGGUCUGGCUAAGGCUAUAGCUGAGAAUUCUGUUGAUAAGUUGCCCCAAGGUCCUGAACCACCUAACUUCUCGGACAAGAUACUGAUCUCAUUACUGCCUCCUAAUCCCGUUGAUAAAAAGCCAAAUAAUACAGCAUUUGGUGAUGUGCUUAUAGAUGUACAACCAUCAUACAAACCGGGAGAUAUCGCAAAAGUGACGUUUAUUAGUGGGAAUCCCAGGAACUCAGUUGCUCGUUUGGCUGGUGGGACGUUCCUGACAGUAGAGAAAUAUGACAAUGUGACUGACAGUUGGACUGUGAUGUACAAUGAUGCUUCCUGGGAUACUAGGUUGUACUGGAACAAAGGACUUAAAGGUCACAGCAAUGUCACAGUAGCUUGGCACAUCCCAUACUCUGUGGAGCUUGGAACAUACAAAAUCAGGCAUUUUGGUCAUUUUAAGACACUUAAAUUUAUAAAGCCAGUCUUCACCCCUUACGUGGGCUUCUCUUCCUCCUUCCAAGUGAACAACUGAAGUUCCUAAAUCACAAUAUCAUGUUUCAGUUAUACUACUAAAAAAUUGCAACAGAUUUUUUUAAACUCCUGUAUACAGUGGGGGAAGGCAGAGAAUUUAAAAAUAAUUCUGCCUGCUUCAAUAAUUUGCCAUUGGCUGUCACUGAGAUCAUUCCUGAGAUCAAAAUAAUCUUUGGGAACACUAACAGCACAAAUGAAUUGUGAGUUCUGUAAAUCAUGAGAGAUUCCACACCAGAUGAUCAGACUGUAAAAUAGAUUAAAUGAUGAUCUUGACAAAGCAUUUUUAUUACCAUUACAAAUGGGUUUGGAUUGAAAACAUUUUGAUGAAAAGGAGAACUGUGCAGUUUAUAAAACACUUGAAAUCGUAUCUAACAUAAACAAGUCAUUACCAGAAAUUGUCCUUAAGAAUAAUAGGAAUAAAAUAAUAUUUCUGGAGCAGGAUUGUGAGUAAAUUAAAUAAGUUAGUUUCAGUUUGUUGUUUUUGAUCUGGGUUAUCUAAUUCACACCACAUUAAUUAUUAAGAAUUUAUAUUAUUAUUCUCUUGUUCAGUUCUUCUAACAAUAUUGCACAAUCAAGUUUGUUUUCUUCUAAACCAUGAGAGUUUUUGCAAAAGUUCAGUCAUGAUUCUCUUCACAUUGUACAAAGCUGAUAAGAUUGGCUUUAAUAGUACAGACAUGAAUUCUUGUUAAAUAACUUUAUUACUCCAGAUUUCAAGAAUAAAUGAAAAUUAUUGAUGCAGAGAAAUGGGGACAUCCCUGAAGAGUUCAAAUAAAUUUGUUAUGUGUAAAUCUCAAAGCUGCGCAUGUUCUUUCUGAACUGUGUGAUAGAAUAGAUUUAAAUUGAAAAGUCAUCUAUUAACAAAUAACUCUUGCUUUUGGAUUAAAAGAGGAAUGCUAAUAGUGUGCUAAUAAAAUAUCAAUUGAUAGCAUUUCAUUUCCACAAGCUGGAUUGUAUAAUGAUGCCUCCAGCUUUGCCAGCACCCUCCAAGAAUGCUUAGCCAAAGACAGCUGUUUUGGAUUAAAUGCCAAGUCAUUUCUUUCUACAAAUCACAAUAAUUACACCAAGGCACAUCCAGACUUGCAUAUGUUACCAAAUGUAACUUAUCAAUAAAAUAGUUCUGUAAUUUUUCAGUGAGUUCAAAUUUAAUCACUCAGGUUCACAAAUGUCUGUUCUUGCUUUACUUGUAAACAUUGAAAAUAGACUGAGAUUUCCAAG